UUGUAACAGUUGAAGAUGAUGAAUAGCUGCGUUUUUCCUUCACCUCACUUUCUUCCCAUUCCAACUGCUGUUAACGUAGCAAUGCUAUUCACUUAUUCUUCACUCCCAUUCCAACGUAACACACCGUUUCUGCUUCUGCCGCCAGCACUCUUCAGCUGCUUCUGUUCUUCCACUCACUCUCUUCCCACCGAUGCGCAUUCCACUUUUCUCUCUCUCCAAAAGUGGGAACCUUUCGUCAAAAAAAAAGUUGUAAUGAGAGUGGGAUACGUUGGAACCGAUUAUAGAGGUCUGCAAAUGCAACGAGAUGAACAUAGAUUUUCGACCAUUGAGAAAGAACUGGAAACUGCUAUCUUCAAGGCUGGUGGCAUGCGGGAUAGUAAUUUUGGGGACUUGAACAAAGUUAAAUGGGGCCGAAGUAGCAGAACUGAUAAAGGAGUCCAUUCUCUGGCAACAAUGAUAUCCUUUAAGAUGGAAAUUCCUGAGAAUGCAUGGAAAGGAGAUGAUUAUGGCAUCGCAUUUGCAAACCGCAUUAACUCUUAUCUUCCUGAUACUAUCAGAGUUUUUAGCAUAUUGCCUUCAACAAAGAGAUUUGAUCCUAGAAGGGAGUGCAAUCUGCGGAAAUAUUCUUAUCUCCUCCCUGCCAAUAUAAUAGGAAUCCUGAGUCAUUUUACUGAAGAUGAAAUUGAUUUUCAUAUUUCAGAGUUCAACAGCAUACUUAAUGUUUUUGAGGGGGAGCAUCCUUUCCAUAAUUAUACUGUUCGGUCUAAGUACAGGAAAAAAUACCGUGUAAAGCAAUCAUCUAGAAAUGGUGAUAUGUCAGACAGAACAGGAUCAUCUAGUUUGGUAUCAGCUUAUGAAUCAGAGAGUGAGGAAAGUGAUGUGGGUGAUUUUGUGAGUGGUAGACCAACUACUUUAAAUGAUAAGGAACAGAACCACAAGUCUUCAGAGAAUAUUGAAUCCAAUGGCUUGAGUGGUCAAAAUUCUAGUUUAGGUGUUCGUGCAAGAUGGUUAUAUGAACCAGAUGAGACAGAUAGAUUAAAUGCUUCCCAUUUCCGAAAGGUUUUUUGCUGUUCUUGUGGGAAGCUGGAAAGAUCUUUUGGGUAUGAGUACGUUGAGAUCAACAUAUGGGGGGACUCCUUCAUGUUGCAUCAGAUACGCAAAAUGGUUGGGACAGCUGUGGCUGUAAAGCGCGAGUUGAUCCCAAGAGACGCCAUUUUGUUGUCACUCACCAAGUUUUCAAGAAUUGUUCUCCCCCUCGCCCCGCCGGAAGUUCUGAUUUUGAGGGGAAAUGCUUUCAAAAUGAGAUCAAGAACUGGAAACUUUACAAGGCAAGAAAUGGUGUCUAUGGUUGAAUCAGAACCAAUUCUGAAAGCAGUUGAUGAGUUCUACACGUCUGUUAUGUUGCCUCAAGUGUCAAAGUUCCUAGACUCAGCAAAGUCUCCUUGGGUGCAAUGGGUGGAAAAUUUGGAUAAGUAUUCAAGCAUUCCUGAUUCUCAAUUGGAUGAAGUCAGAAAAGCUUGGAAGACAUGGAAGGAAAACUUCAGGUUAAACCCAACAUCAGAUGCAUAGUACAUGUGUAUUCAGUUAUGGCAUAAUAGUGUAAUGGGGUAUUUGUUAAUUAUUAUUAAAAAACAUUUCAUGGUAAAUUAAUUUUUACGUUUUUUUUCCCUAAAUUGAGAUUUUUACAUGUCUGACAUUUUUCUUAUAUUUUAUUAUUACCAAGGACAUGGUUUAUC